UAUAAAAGCUCUGGACUUCUCCCCAACAGCUUGUCACACUGACCUGCACCAUCUCUCCACUGCUCGUGGGGUUUCUGUCAGCUAGCACUGGAGGGGAGCAAAUUCUUUGGAGAAUAACAUUUUACUGUGGUCAUGCCAGAACCCAUUAAGAAAGAGGAAAAUGAAGUGCCAGCCCCAGCUCCGGUCCCGGCCCCAGCCCCACAUCCAGAAGAACCAAAAAAAGAGAAGGUGGCCGGAACUACACCAGGAAAAGAUGAAGAGGAAAUCUCCCCGCCUAGUGCCCUGCCUCCAGGUCUGAGUAGUCGGGCCCUGGAAAGAAAAGAUUCAGAAUGGUCUCUUGGCGAACCUGCUGGGGAAGAACAAGACAAGCAGAAUGCCGAUUCCCAGUUGUCCACCCUGUUAGUAGAAAAGCCUCAGUCAGGAACAGUGAAAGUUGGUGAAAAUAUCACCUUUAUAGCCAAAGUCAAGGCUGAAGAUCUUCUUAGAAAACCCACCAUCAAAUGGUUCAAAGGGAAAUGGAUGGACCUGGCCAGCAAAGCUGGGAAGCACCUCCAGCUGAAGGAAACCUUCGAAAGACACUCUCGGAUAUACACAUUCGAGAUGCAGAUCAUCAAGGCCAAGGAGAACUUUGCAGGAAACUACAGAUGCGAGGUUACCUAUAAGGAUAAGUUUGACAGCUGUACAUUCGAUCUUGAAGUACACGAAUCGACCGGGACUACUCCAAACAUUGACAUCAGAUCUGCUUUCAAGAGAAGUGGAGAUGGUCAAGAGGAUGCAGGGGAACUUGACUUUAGUGGUCUCCUGAAACGUAGGGAGGUGAAGCAGCAGGAGGAAGAACCUGAGGUGGACGUGUGGGAGCUGCUGAAGAAUGCAAACCCGAACGAGUACGAGAAGAUCGCUUUCCAGUACGGCAUCACCGACCUGCGAGGAAUGCUCAAGCGGCUCAAGCGCAUGCGCAGAGUGGAGAAGAAGAGCGCAGCUUUUUCAAAAAUUCUUGAUCCUGCAUAUCAGGUUGAUAAAGGAGGCAGAGUCAGGUUUGCUGUGGAACUGACAGAUCCAAAGUUGGAGCUGAAAUGGUAUAAAAAUGGCCAAGAAAUUCGACCCAGUACAAAAUAUAUCUUUGAAUAUAAAGGAUGUGAAAGAAUCAUGUUUAUCAAUAACUGCUCGAUGACAGACGAUGCAGAGUAUUAUGUGAAAGCUGGUGAUGAGAAAUGUUCCACUGAGCUCUUCGUGAGAGAGCCUCCAAUUGUGGUGACCAAACUGCUGGAAGAUACAAAUGCCUACUGUGGGGAAAGAGUGGAAUUAGAAUGUGAGGUGUCUGAAGAAGAUGCCAAUGUAAAAUGGUUUAAGAAUGGUGAGGAGAUCGUCCCUGGUCCAAAAUCCAGAUACCGAAUUAGAGUUGAAGGCAAGAAACACAUUUUGAUCAUAGAAGAUGCAACAAAGGCUGACAGUGCAGAGUAUUCCGUAAUGACAACAGGAGGACAGUCAUCUGCUAAACUUAGUGUCGACUUGAAACCUCUGAAGAUAUUGACACCUCUGACUGAUCAGACUGUAAAACUUGGAAAAGAAAUCUGCUUGAAGUGUGAAAUCUCUGAAAACAUCUCAGGAAAGUGGACAAAAAAUGGCCUACCUGUUCAGGAAAGUGACCGUCUAAAGAUUGUUCACAAAGGAAGAAUCCAUAAGCUAGUGAUAGCCAAUGCUCUCACUGAGGAUGAAGGUGAAUAUAUAUUUUCCCCAGAUGCCUACUCUAUUACUUUGCCUGCCAAAGUUCAUGUUAUUGAUCCUCCUAAGAUCAUCCUGGAUGGUCUUGAUGCUGACAAUACAGUGACAGUAAUUGCAGGAAACAAGCUUCGUCUUGAGAUUCCUAUCACUGGAGAACCACCUCCUAAAGCCCUUUGGAGCCGAGCAGAUAAGUUAGUAACAUCUUCUUUUCCUGUUUCUUUUAUCUUUGAAGCUGUGACCAGCCCUCCUACUCUUCUGGCGGUUGACUCUGUGACGGACACCACUGUGACGAUGAGGUGGCGGCCCCCAGACCAGAUCGGUGCCGCAGGCUUGGAUGGCUAUGUGCUAGAGUAUUGCUUUGAAGGAAGUUUAAAAAGUACAUCAGCCAAACAGUCUGAUGAAAAUGGGGAGGCUGCAUAUGAUCUGCCAGCUGAGGACUGGAUAGUUGCAAACAAAGAUCUGAUCGACAAGACCAAGUUUACCAUCACAGGUCUGCCCACGGAUGCCAGGAUCUUUGUGCGCGUGAAGGCUGUGAACGCCGCCGGCGCCAGCGAGCCCAAGUACUACUCUCAGCCCAUCCUUGUGAAGGAAGUCAUAGAGGCUCCAAAGAUUCGCAUCCCAAGGCACCUGAAGCAAACUUACAUCCGCAGAGUUGGAGAAACCGUCAAUCUGGUUAUUCCUUUCCAGGGAAAACCAAGACCAGAAUUAACCUGGAAGAAGGAUGGUGUAGAAAUUGAUAAGAAUCAAAUAAACAUUCGCAACUCUGAGACUGAUACAAUCAUAUUUAUCAGAAAAGCAGAGAGGAGCCACUCUGGGAAAUAUGACCUGCAAGUCAAAGUGGAGAAAUUCGUGGAAAGUGCAUCAAUCGAUAUCCAGAUUGUUGAUCGUCCAGGUCCACCCCAAAUUGUGAAGAUUGAGGAUGUCUGGGGAGAGAACGUUGCUCUAUCAUGGGUGCCACCGAGGGAUGACGGGAACGCCGCCAUUACAGGUUACACUAUCCAGAAGGCCGACAAGAAGAGCAUGGAAUGGUUCACCGUCAUCGAGCAUUACCACCGAACCAAUGCCACCAUCACUGAACUGGUCAUAGGAAAUGAAUACUUCUUCCGGGUCUUUGCUGAAAACAUGUGUGGCCUCAGUGAGGAUGCAACAAUGACGAAAGAGAGUGCUGUGAUUGCCAAGGAUGGGAAAAUCUACAAAAAUCCAGUGUAUGAAGACUUCGAUUUCACAGAGGCACCCAUGUUUACUCAGCCUUUGGUUAACACCUACGCUGUAGCUGGUUACAAUGCUACCCUGAACUGCAGUGUGAGAGGAAAUCCUAAGCCCAAAAUAACCUGGAUGAAAAACAAAGUUGCUAUUGUGGAUGAUCCAAGAUACAGGAUGUUCAGCAACCAGGGGGUCUGUACUCUGGAGAUUCGCAAGCCCAGCCCCUACGAUGGAGGCACUUACUGCUGCAAAGCAGUCAAUGACCUUGGGACAGUGGAAAUCGAGUGCAAACUGGAGGUGAAAGGUGGACUGUCCUUCUGCAGGCUCCUCUUGCAAGGUGUGCCGCCUAACAUAAUUGAUGCAUAUUUGCGAGACUUGCAAUCAAGCAAUCCUGAGGACUAGUAAGGGCCUGGGCACUGCUCUCUACAUGCCACUGCUUUGAAAUCUGGUUGCAUUGAGAAAGCUUUUUCUGUUUUUCUGCCAGGCACCCAAGUGUGGUCAUUUUCUUUCCUCCUAAAGUUGAAGAAAAAAAAUGUUUGCUCCGAUUACUUAAUUAAAAAUGGCAAACAGAAUCUCAUUUGAAGUCAGCAUUUUGGUCAUUAUUGUCUGUACUUGGCCACUGUACUUUACAAAAAAAUCAAGCUGUAGAAUAGGUGAAAACAAUUAUUUUAGUUUAAAAUAGAAGGCUAUAUAUGCUUUUUUUUUUCUCCAGAGUAAGACACAUAGAAUAAUGCACAGUGGUACAAUCUUAAAAACCCACCUUUCUCUUCAUCUAAUAGAUCUUCCUAAGCAAAGCAGAGUUGUUUAUUUCCCACAACCAUGUUUAACACCAGUGAAUCUGUACUUUUUUCGCAUUUGAAUUCACCAAAAGGCUUCUUAAAGUCUUUCGGACAAGUUUUCUCAACAGAAGGGAUAAUGUACUCAAUAAAUGGUACAAUGAA